CGUACAGUAGCAAAGAGUCGCUGUGGGGAAGGCGACGGCGACUCCGUGCGACUCAUCGGGGCAACGACUCCGUGCGACUCCGUGCGACUCGGUGCGACUCGGCGGGCAGCCGGCCCCGCCGCAGCGCGCGGCGAGUUGCCACUGACGGGCGCGGCGCGGGGAUCCGGUGUCGAACUCGGGUGCCUGGGAACCUCCUCAUCAGCCUCCUCCUCCUCCUCCUAUGCGCCAGCCACCACGCCGAGACGGACACAGCGGGCGACUGGGUAACACGUGGAGCGGUCCCCGGGAUGGCGGGAGGCCGCAGGGGCCCAGCCCGGCAGCAGUACCCCCGCGUGCCCCUUCCUGCGCAGGGAGGAGUGGGGGGCUCCGGCAGGAAUGGUACGGCCUCGGGGCUGAAUAGCCCCCCACUGGCCGCGGCGAGCGGGCCGUACCAAAUCAAGCACGCACGCGUGCCGGACGUGGCGCUGGACAGCGGGCUCGUCUUCGAGGCGCUGCUGCUGGCGUACCUGCUGCUGGCACUGUGCAUGCACUAUGUGAACCUGUACAAGACGGUGUGGUGGUACCCGCCCGAAGGGCCGCCCUCGCACACCUCGCUGAACUUCCACAAGAUCGACUACCACCUGGUGGCGUUCAUCGGGGUGCUGCUGUCCCGCCGCCUCGUGUGGACGCUCGUCACCGAGGUGAGUCAGUGGCAGGCACGGCCCUCGCCCGCCGCCUGGCGCUACGCCACGCUGGUGCUCGCCCGCCUCGUGCUGCUCACCGGCUCCGGGUGGACGCUGUGCUGGGCGCUCAUCAACCUCUUCCGCAGCCACUCGUUCAUCAACCUGCUCUUCCUCUGCUAUCCGUUUCUUGUGUACAUCCCCCUAUACGGGCUGCACCACGAAGGGGUGCGGGGCUCCGACGGCGGGGGCUCGGAGCUCACCGCCAGCCCCCCUCCGUCACCACGGAAACCAGCGGAAGGCAGCGAUGGGGAGGAAUCCAAGCCGAGGCCGUACCGGGCCCUCAUCUUGGAAACGCUGAGGGAGCAGUUCCACAGCGGGGACAGCAUCCCCACGCACGCGUGUGUGCUGUCGCCCGACCUGGUGCGCGCCGAGGUGCACAUGCUCAAGACCGACUUCAACAAGCGCAUCAAGGAGAUCCUCUUUAAUUCGCUGUUCAGCGCCUACUACGUCGCCUUCCUGCCACUGUGCUUCGUCAAGAGCACGCAGUACUACGACAUGCGCUGGUCGUGCGAGCACCUCAUCCUGGUGUGGGUGAACACCUUCGUGAUGCUCACCUCGCAGCUGCUGCCGCCGCGCUACUGCGACCUGCUUCACCGCGCCGCCACCCACCUGGGCCGCUGGCACCGCCUGGAGAGCGCCGCCUACAGCCACACGCCACAGCACGCUUGGUCGGAGACGACGAUCUGGCCCCAAGGAGUGCUGGUGCGGCACAACAAGGGCCUGUACAAGGCCGUCGGCUCCUGCAACGUCGCCGUGCCCUCCGACGCGUCGCACUCUCGCUUCUACUUUCUCUUCCACAAGCCGCUGAGGGUGCUCAACUCACUGCUGGUGCUGGAGGGCGGCGUUGUGGUGUACCAGCUGUACUGGCUGGCGCGCUCAGACCGCUGGAACCACGCCCUAUCCGCCGCGCUGCUCCUUUUCGCCAACUACUGCCUCGUGUUCCGUCUGCUGCGGGACCGCCUGCUGCUGGGGCGCGCCUACGGUCACGACUCGCCCCACGCCACCGCCCACGCCGCCGCCCAGGCGGCCGGCUCGGCCAUUGGCUGAGCGCCGGGCGGUCGCGACGCCGGCGCUCAGCUCCCGGCACCACCCCCCACCCCCCCCCCCAACAACGCGCGCACGAACGCAUGGACCGCGUGAACCCGGCGAGCGGAGGCAACGCGUGCGACCGCAUCGUCCCCGCUGCGACAAAGGUGCAACGCGAACGUCACUUGGCCUCGUCUUGUGAAUAGGGAGCGGUGUUUCCCCAAGACUUUUGAAAGCAAGAUGCAAACGAGCGGCUCUUGCGUCGUGGAUGCAUGCGUGAACCCCCCCCCCAUGCCGUGUCCCAUGCCCAGCGUUCUCUCGCGAAGUCGGGGGACGAGUCGAGAGCGCUCCGUUUCCCCGGCUGCCAGUCUCGCGAGGAAGACUCGGAGGGCAGGAGGGGGGUGUGGGAAAUGCGGCUGCAGUCGUCGCCCGGUUCACCUGUCGGCGGCAAGGAUCAACGCGGGUACCGUGCGGCGGUUCCCGUCCCGGUACUCCUGCGGGCGCGCCCGGUAACUUUGUAUGCGGGACCCGCCAGUAUCCCCCCCCCCACCCCCCGCGUUGAUGAGCCCUCCGUCAGCGACACCUCGCCUUGAAAGUCGGCGCCUUUGCCAGUUUUCUGAUUCCCACGUUGCCGCACUGCCGCGGCUGGCGCCGUGCACGCCAUAUGGUGUGUGUGUGUUGUGAGUGGUGUGUGUGUGUUGUGAGUGGUGUGUGUGUUGUGAGUGGUGUGUGUGGGUUGUGAGUGGUGUGUGUGUUGUGAGUGGUGUGCGUGUGUUGUGAGUGGUGUGUGUGUUGUGAGUGGUGUGUGUGUGUUGUUAGUGGUGUGUGUGUGUGUGUGUUGUGAGUGGUGUGUGUUGUGAGUAGUGUGUGUGUGUUGUAAGUGGUGUGUGUGUGUUGUAAGUGGUGUGUGUGUGUUGUCAGUGGUGUGUGAGUGUUGUAAGUGGUGUGUGAGUCAGUCAAUCCCCUCCCCCACAAAGGUGCGGGUCAUGUGAACAUACUUUACCGCGUCGGGUGAAGGCGAAUAGAAGUAGAGUACAACAAUGGAGCUGGCUGCACCUUCCCCCUGCCGACAGCUUCGCCUUAUCGGCGUGGGACAGUGCAGGUGCCUCGACCAGUAUUCAGCGUCGUGGCCCGACACAGUCCUAGCCGGCAAGAAGCACCUGCAUCACCCGCUGCACAUGCAUCACCCGCUGCACUCACUUCACCUGCAUCACCCGCUGCACUCGCCGCACUCGCCGCUCCCGAUUCACCCGCUGCACAUGCUGCACUCACUUCACCUGCUGCACCCGCUGCACAUUCUUGAUCCAAUCCGCAUGUUGAUGGUUACGAGUACCAGCUGGAAGCUCCGUAGCCAUCUUCCACCACCGGUUUGCACGUCACUGGCUGACCCCUCUGGGCAUGACGCUAGUUGGCUUUCCACAUUGCCCCCCCCCUCUCUCUCAUGCAAAACAACAGUUACACCAUCUUGGGAAAAGUGUUUCUUAUUCAAGAGCGGCGUUGGAGCGGUCCCCACGAGGCCGGCGACCGAGGGGAAGACCUAGGGCCGGCUGGUCGGACACCGUCAUCAGGGCUGAUCAUUCUUGGAGGUCGCUGCGUGAUCUGGCGGAGGGUGGGGGGCGUUGGCAGUGAGAUUUAUCUUGCGAAUGUCGAUACGAGGUGACCGCGCAGAGCAACAUAUACGGAGCAUAAAAAAAAAACCUCUUGAGAGGCUGUGCGCACGCAGCCACCACGCCGCCGUCACGCCACGUCCACGUGCCCCCACGGCCGCCUGAACGGACCGGACGGGUCACCGGCGAGGUCUUUGGUGACGCGCUCGGCGCCAGGACUUGACACACGGGGCUGGGACUUGACACUCGAGGGCUGGGACUUGACACACGGGGGCUGGGUGCUGGGACUUGACACACGGGGGCUGGGUGCUGGGACUUGACACACGGGGGCUGGGUGCUGGGACGUGACACACUGGGGCUGGGUGCUGGGACGUGACACACGGGGGCUGGGACUUGACACACGGGGGCUGGGACUUGACACACGAGGCCUUGCUGUUGGGACUUGACACAUGGGGGCAGUGGGGUUUGUCCGGAUUGCUGCCGAGGAGGCUCUCAUGGUGACAUUGCAGCCGGGUGUUCACCCGUUGUGUGUCAGCUGAUCGAGUCCGGGCGCGUGCAACAUUGUGAUUCAAGACACGUUCUCUACAACUGCCUCAUGUUGGUGUCCUAUAAAUGUGCUAAUAAUAAUGAUAAGAAUGUAAGAUUUCACAGCUCUUUUGUCAAACCACUGCUGGGUGAAGGGCUGCACUCGUGUGUCAAUCUUGGCUGCUGUUUGACCAUACUUCACCACGCUGGUCAAUGCGAGGGGGGGGGGGGGGGCAGGACCGGUUGAUAUCACUCUGCCACUGGUGUCGGUGGUGGCCGCGAAUCCACAGCGCGCUAACCACUGCACCGCCAUUCCCUCCGCCUCGAUCAACCUACUUGGAACGUGGCGUGUGAGCGAGGUGGGAGCGGCUGUGUCUUUUGAAUGGUUGGAGGCAGUGGGCCUGCGCGCCUUCCCUCUGAGCGCACUUCUAAACUUAAACUUCACUGUUUUUCAUUUCACCUGGUGAGAGCCACUGAGCUACGCAGCUCUCUUUAGAAGCGACCUGCCCCCAAAUGAUAGCUCAACGAAGUUGCUUAUCGUCACUUGGACAUUUAUAGCCACCAAAUACUCUUAAAUGCACAUUGAUUCUAAAUGUGGACGGGAAAACCGGAGAACCCCGGAUGGACAACGGCACUUGAAAGGAAAUGCGAGAGGGUAAUAUGCCGCCUCCUCCCCACAUCUGCCCCUUUUGCUUUAAAGAGUGCAAACCUUUACACAUCCCAUCAGCCACACGGCCUCCUUAGAGUGCAUUACUUCAGCAGCAUUACUUCAAACACGAGCAAAACUCUGGGCCAGUUUCGGUGUCUCACCCCAGGAGUGCAGAGCUCACUCGGUCCCUAGCCGGGCGCGUAACGGCCGUGGGCUCCAAUCACCGCGGUGCGCCAACGCUGUGGUGGUGUUGACGACAGCGACGCUGACCCCAUUCCAGUCCACGAUUGUAAACCUCCGCCGCCGCGGCGCCCUUCGCUUUCGCGAUCCCACAUUUGUCGUGCUGGAGGUUCGUGCGUUUUUUGAUGGCGCCUCAUCGUUAGUGCCCCCCCCCCCCCCCCCGAGAGAAGCACGCACGUUCUAUGGCCGAGUGCCGGCGUUUGCCGUUCGGGUGAUUCGCGCGAGGCUUCUCGCUUUUAUUUUUUUUUAAUGUUAUGUAAAUAUAUUUUUGUAUAUAUUUUUAAAAUUAAUUAUUAUUUUUGUUUAUGGGCCACGGUUAGCGUUGGCAAGAUAUUUGUUUCCUCCCCAAGUUGCGAUGUAACGUUACGAUGCACCGCGGUCGACGAUUGCUUUGCGUCGAGUGCUUUUCCAAGUGCAGUAUUGGAGGAGGCCGUUGUGCGUCGCUGCGUUGGCAGCUGUGCGCAAGCAACAAUGAACGCUGCUGCACUAAAAAGGAAAAACCGUAACAGGUGACGUUUUUGAGAAAUGGGCCUUUUGAUCAUCUUACUUUAGAUAGAUGAAGCAUUUUAUAUUUUUUAAAGAUUUGUCUGACACGCUAUAUACCUGCUCGUGGGUCACGGCUCAUAAGCGAGUCGAAUACUUAAUUUGGCAACAUUCUUAAAACAAAUUUUCCAUCGGGGCCCCUUGGUAUGUAUGUAUGUUAAACUGCGUGUGGCGUGUGUCUUGCAGUCUCAAACUCUUCUUCACUCAAUCUGUCUGGUCACUCGCUGUCUGAUAUGAAGAAGGGAAAUUGACCAAAACGUUGCCUAUUAUGUAUUUAUAUUUCCUGUUAAGGCCACGGUGCUAUUGACGAACGCGUUGAAUCGAGAGUCAUCGCUCGAGUGAUGUCAGUAUUGAGAAGUGGGCCGGUGUAUGGGUAGAGCUUGUGAUCUUCAGGUGACUGUUCAGGUGGCCUGUGGGUGCUGUUGGGUUCACGGCUCGGCACAGGCUUUCUGGCUCUGACUCAAGUGAGCCGACUCAACGGCACUCGCUUAGCUUGAGCCGGCUCCGAGCACGGCCCCAGCCAGGCUCGAGGUUUCCAGGGAGCCGAGCCACGGCCGGGGCCGCUCUCGCUCAUGCGUCUAUUGGAAAGCAACCGGGCGGCUCAAGCGCUGGAGACUGAGCCAGCGCCGUGACGCAGGAUGCAGCCCUACAUCCCUGCGAUGUUUUCUCUCGGGGGGGGGGGGGGGGGGGGGGGGGGUCGGGGCGAAGUGUGGAGCCCGUGCUUCGGGGUCCGACUCCGCUUUUUCGUUGCUGUUGCCGCUGGGUACAGCGACCGUCGUUAACGUUCGCGUCACGUUGGGGCGGCGACGCUUCGCCCUCGCCACGAGCAGAGCGACCGCCGUGCGUCGGGGUCGCGACGGGGGGAUCUCCGUCCCUGUGGGCGGCGCGUGCGCGGUGUCCUCGCGAGCGUGUGGCAGGCUUGAACCACUGGUGGAAACGCCACAUUCCUGUGGCAAGGGCCAGUCCUCUCCAUUGAAACCUGACAGGUGUUUUUGCAGCGAUGUCGUCCCCCCCGGAGGGACGACCUUUGGCUGAUUAGACGCCCGAAUGGGAUUUGAACUCACCACCUUGCCACCACCCGUCCCGUCAGCGUCGUGUCUCCAGCGGAAACUGGGCAGUCUGGACCGCCAGGAGCUGCGGGUGACGCGCUGUCGCCACCGCUCCUGAUCAUCGUGUGCCCUCGCUCGCCGCUCUGUCCGUACGUUUGUGGAACACAUUUUGCACCAUAUGUAGUCAACUCUUCUGUUGGAGGCGCUUCCACAUCUCUAGCGUAAUCCGAAUUUUGUGCCGCUCUGCUCCGCUGCCUCGCUCUUGUGUACGCUGUGCCAAGGUGUUGUCAGGGUCACAGCGUCAAUAGGCAUCAUCGCCGAGGCCCGGGUGUCUGCGAGUAUUGGCUGCUCUAACUUUCUACGUGAUGAUAAGCCACUUUGUUUAGCUAUCAUCAGUGGCCAAGUCGCUUCUAAAAAAGAGCCACAUAGCUCAGUGGGGCCUUACCUGGUAAAAUAAAACAACACGUUUUAGUUUGUAGUCUCUGCUGAUGCUGCUGCAAACCCAUUGCAUCGAUAUCACUUGAGGAAGCGUGAUGCAAAACAUAUCGCGCAAGGACUGUGGCUGUCGGGACGAGCAGCGUCGUGAGGGUCGCACAGCCCUCGCGACGGACUCUCGGGGGUCGAGGCGUGGGACGCCGCUCAAGGGGCUCCGCUGAGGGCUCGUCGAAGCAUUAGUCAGUGUUAUGGCUGCACGGCUGGCUCUGGUUGUGCUGUCGUUAUAACAUUUACUCGGGUUGUGGCGUUGCGAUUAGGUUGACAGCAGUCCUAGAAUCGGCGUCUCUGUGUCCGAGUAGCGGGGAUUGAUUUGUACCGAGAUUUGCACCGUUGUGUUGGCCGAGUGAGAAUUCAGGUCUGGGAUUGGUCCGCAGUGGGAAAUGUUGCCAGCCCUAAGUUGCGAUCAAGUUUGUCCGAUUCAAAGUCACCCACGGGUCACCGCUCAAACGAGCGAUGGAGCCGCGCUCUUCUCCAUUGGCUACCCCGAUCCAGUGGUGGGAACUCCACAUUCCCGCAGUGGAGGCUACUCCCUCUAUAGGACAAACCCACCGCUGGCUUUGGUGGUACAAAUUCUAUCAACCUCCGAUUUGUUAGUUGUGCACUCUGACCACAGCAACUGUCGGAGAGAUACAAGUGUUUUUGAACUGCAAAAUGUAGAGUUUAGAAUUAGUCACGUGUGCAAUGUUCCCUUGUUCCCCUAAGUGAGAUCGAGAGAGCGUGAUUCAUAGGCGUGGGAAUCCACAGACAGGUUGCAAGGCAGCCAGAAACGGCCACAGAAAUGUGCCCAAGCGGUGUGGUCCUACAUUGGGGACAUCUGUCCAAAGCGUUCACAUCUCCGGAGCGGUAAGAGCAGCCCAAGUGAUGUGUUGGUUAAAUCCUGCCUCUUGCAAAGUUCCUCCAAGUGGUGAAUCACCGUGCCCGGGAUGCUGAGCGCGAGGGGAGGUGGGAGCAUUGGGGUUGACCGGGUUUGUGGGGGUGACGCGCCGUGGCUCGGCUCGGCUCCAGGCACGCUUCUUCACCCACAGACGCCGGCUACCCGCGACAUUGGCCGUGAAGCGUUGGCGCAGACGUGCCCGUCCGGGAGCCAGUGGCAGGUGAAGGUGAACGAAUGACGGAGGAGCAUCAGCGCAGCCUGUGGCAACCGCCCGCGGCUCGAUAAUCCGGGCAAGUAAAUCGCAUUAUCUGAGAAACGACUUGAUGAGGACUUGCCGAUGCCCCCACGUUAUCUUUGACAUCGACGCGUCUCCCUUGGCUACAAAUAGCACCCCCGUAUCUCCAGGCCCAUUGCCAGCCGCCAGAAGCAACGUACGUCGGCAAAGAGAGGUGGCGAGCGGUAUUAGUGUGCGAGUGUGCCCGCGGCAAAACUCUCGUCGCACCGCCUCCCGAAGGUUGGCUUCGUGUUGACGGAGAGAGAGAAAAAAAACCCCGAAACUAGGGCAUUUGCUACUUUGUCUUUGCACCCCGAUGGCUUUGGGGUCCCCGUGGGCUCGCUGCGGCACGGCUGCUGACGCGCUGCCGCAGUUGGCGAGGUCCAAGCGGGCGCAGGCCCAGGGGGACGCGCGGCCUCCAGCCCAAUCCCUGUUUGUUUUUCUCCGCGUCGUAUUGCAUCGCCCCCGAUUAAAUGACAAAGUUUAAUUAACUUGCAAUAAAUUCUCAAUUUCCUCGGUCGUACGCCCCCGCUCCGUGACAGUUUUCAUUAUUCUCCCGUGUUCUGGGCGCUUGAAGUUUGGCCACUAACCCAGGUGCUGGUGGUGCUGGUGGGGAGCGAUAGUGUAGGUUCGAUUCCCGCUCACGGCCAACACCAGUGACGAUUAUCGGAACCGGUCCUGGGCCUCCCCUAGGUCGAUUCAGCCUCAAAUCGCCACUGGGGAGACAAAGGCGGUCUGGCGUGGUGCUGGCCACCCAACCCCUCGUGUGCCGUUCCGGCCAUCAUAGGUGCUCGCUAACAGCACUUGCCUCUACAGUCUGUUAAGGCUACACGGGGGAUAUUUGUCUUUGAUGGUGGUGGUGAGGCUGUAAAAGCGAUCCUUGAAGGGCAGUGGAACAAAGGGGAAGCACUGAAUCGUGACGGUGGCAGACGCAGCUGCGAGGGCGGCGGAGACGGGGGGCGGUCUUGCGGGUGACGGCAAGGAGGAAGGAGGCGACGACGAGAGCCGUGCCGACGUCAAGGGCAUCGGGACGCGACGCCGCUUUGACGACGCGUAGCUCGGGGCCGCUUUUCUCCGAGUUGAUUGUUUCCAGUGGAUGAAAGAUGGUUUGGUUUCACACUCGCCAGGGCUCGUAGCGUCGACAUGGGGGGCCAAGUCGUCUGUCCUUCCGCCCCCCCGCACCUCCGAUUAGCACGCUUGGCUACGUAUGGUGCGAAAGAAGUUCAACGUGCGCACGACCCUACCGUGGCUCAAAUGAGUACCGGGUGCGCGGCGUGUGUGAACAUCGCCACUGGGGAGACAAAGGUGGUCGGGCGUGGCACUGGCCACCCACCCCCCCUCGUGUGCCGUGUCGGCCUUCGUAGGUGCUCGCUAACAGCACUUGCCCCAACAGUCUGUUAAAGCUAUGGGGGGAGGGGGGGGGUCUUUGCUUGCGGAGUCGGCAGUGAAUGGGCAUGGGGCAGUUGUUGCACAUUGAGGAUCCGGCCUUCGCCUCGGGUGGGGGUCCCGUUGGGGGGACCCAGUGGGAGGGUCUCGG